AUGAACGAGCCUGCAUCGUCCGUGACAAUCCCUUUUCAUCUUUCAUCCUCCGAGAGCCAAAACAUAGGCACGGAUAAAAACACAAAAAUAAGAUGUCAGGAAUGAACCAGGUGCUCGCGACAUGCUGGACUUGCCUGCUGCUUUCUGCUUUCCUUUGUGAGCCGGUGCUGUCCAAGGGCGGUCGUGGAGGUUCCCGGGGCUCCUCUCGAGGUUCCCACUCCCGGAGCUCCAAUGCGGGGAGUUACCGAGGAGGAGCCUACGGGGGGCCCCGCUCUCGCUACAGGUCGGUAGGGCGGUCCUCCCCAGUGAGGGUGGCAGCAGCAGCGGCAGCAGGGGCAGCAGUGGCAGCAGUGGCAUUGUCAGCUGAUAAAUGGUACGCCUCUGCCUACCGCCGCAGCAACGCAGACGACGAUCUGGAUUACUACAACAGGACCAAUUACUUUGAUGCACAAAUGUCAGGCUCAACACAAAAUGGAUCUUCUCUCGCUCAACUGGUGUCUAUCAUUAUUGCAACAUUUUGGCCCAAAUAUGGACUUUUACUGGACAAUAUACUGUAGAUGUUUAGCUUAUUUUUCGAGGAUAAAUUCCUGAUUCAGUCUAGGAUUGAGUGUCCUGGAUCUGACUAUAAUGUGCAGGACUGGCCUGGAACCUGCACUGGAAAGACCAGUGGUGGAAGGACACGACAAUUACAAAAAACACACUGUACUGUAUGUUUUUACGCAUACUCAUCUAUACCAACAGACAAAUAUAGUAUUUAAUGUGACAUUUCGUCAAUACAAGGCCGCGUCUUAGUCAAAACGGUGUGCGAAGAGAUAUUGUGUCUGAGCUCAAGAACAAUUUGUUUCCUUCCCUAAAGCUUGAUUCUUAGAUCGAAUUUUGAAAAUGUUUCAACAGAAAAAACAAUAGACUUCAUAAAGAGUAUAAUAUAACCACAGGCUGCCAAUCUCAAAAAGGAAAUGGCAAUUUGUAACCUCAACCAAUGUUUUUUUUCUCCUUUACUUCUGCAAAACAUAACUUCAAGACUGGAUUUAUUUAUUCAAGUCAAGUAAAUUCUAUUUAUAUAGCCCAAUAUCACAAAUCACAAAAUAACCUCAGGGGGCUUUUACGGGACACCAUACACCCUCUGUCCUUUGUGACCAUAGUCGUACUGCUGUCAAUUGCCAUGAAAAUGAUUCUCAACCAUGAGACAAGGCAAAUGAGAGUUGAUGUGUAUUGUCCAUUGAAAAAGUUUAACUGUAUUUAACUGUAUUUCCACAAUCAUAUCAAAUGUCUGUGCCCUUUUAUAACACUUGAAAAUGUAUUUCUCAGACCUGUGUGUGAACCACGUCAUUGCUGGGAUGGAGGCUAGCAAACAAACUGCUGCUCUCACUGUUAUUCAUGCCUCUGAUGGUCUGUCCAUCAUUCCCGAGGAGCUUUUUACCUGCAGUAGACACUCAGGAGCAACAGACUGUUCCAUAUCAAUAAGUGCACUCUAUUACAUGCUACAACACGUAUAAAUAAAAUAUUUGUUUUCACUGUCUUUAUGCCAAUAAAUAUCCUGUUUACACCA